UGCAGAGAAGCAGAGAGAGAGAGAGUGAGAGAGAGAUAAAGCAGCAGCUUCUUCUUCUUCUUCUUCUUCUCCUCCUCCUCUUCUACAAAGCUUUCUCUCAUGUGGAUUUCAAAUCCUUCUCAGCUUCUCUCCCUCCACAUUUCUCAACCAACAUUCCUCUUCUGACACUUACCAGACCAACCAACAUUCACCGCCAAAAUAAAGCAAGCACCAAGUCACAAUCCGCCAUUAACGAUGCUUCUUCCAAACUUCGCAAGCACCAUUUUCAUGCUCUGCCUCUUCUUCACACUCCUCGCCGCCACUAAACCCCUAAAUCUCACUCUCCCUCACCAGCAUCCUUACCCUGAUUCCGUCGCUCUCCAUGUCAUCAGGAGUGUGAAUGCAUCUCUUGCAAGAAGACAACUAGGCUCCUCCUCUUCCUCGUCCUCAUCAUCAUCCUCAUCCUCCUCUUGCCGUACCGGAAACCCAAUCGACGAUUGCUGGAAGUGCAGCGACUCAGACUGGUCAUCAAACCGUCAAAGACUGGCCGACUGUUCAAUCGGCUUCGGACACGGGACACUGGGAGGCAAAAACGGCAAGAUCUACGUCGUUACAGACUCCUCCGACAACAACCCAACAAACCCAACUCCAGGAACACUCCGUUACGGCGCAAUCCAAGAAGAGCCACUGUGGAUCGUCUUCUCCUCGAACAUGCUCAUCAGAUUGAAACAAGAACUCAUAAUCAGCAGCUACAAAACCUUGGACGGGCGUGGAUCAGCAGUACACAUCACAGGAAACGGAUGCUUAACUCUACAAUACGUUCAACACAUCAUCAUCCACAAUCUCCACAUCUACGACUGUAAACCUUCAGCUGGAUUCGAGAAACGAGGUAGAUCCGACGGAGAUGGGAUCUCGAUCUUCGGAUCUCAAAAGAUCUGGGUUGACCAUUGCUCGAUGAGCCACUGCACCGACGGGCUUAUAGAUGCUGUGAUGGGUUCAACAGCUAUAACCAUAUCCAACAACUACUUCGCGCACCACGACGAGGUGAUGUUGUUGGGUCAUGACGAUAACUAUGCUCCGGAUACGGGGAUGCAGGUGACGAUAGCGUUUAACCAUUUCGGACAAGGCCUGGUUCAGAGGAUGCCUAGAUGUCGGAGAGGUUAUAUUCAUGUUGUGAAUAAUGACUUCACAGAGUGGAAGAUGUAUGCAAUUGGUGGUAGUGGUAAUCCCACCAUUAACAGCCAAGGAAAUCGUUACGCUGCUCCUUCUGAUCCUAGCGCCAAAGAGGUGACGAAGAGAGUGGACUCGAAGGACGAUGGAGAAUGGGCGAAUUGGAACUGGAGAUCAGAAGGAGAUCUGAUGGAGAACGGAGCUUUCUUUGUGGCAUCGGGUGAAGGAGUGAGCUCCAUGUACUCUAAAGCUUCUAGCGUGGACCCUAAAGCUGCUUCUCUCGUAAACACCCUCACUCGAAACGCUGGCGUUUUCGGCGGUCCCAGGGAUGAUCAAGGUCAGAGUGGCAAUUCUUAUUCACCGUAUGGAGGCGGAGACGGUGGCAGCAGCGGUAGUGGAGGGCUCGGCGACAUGAGUGGUAUGGGCGGUACGACAAGAGGAAGUAGCAGCAGCAGCAACAGCAACGGUGACGACUUCUUCGGGAUGAUAUUUGGAAGCAAUGCCCAGCAGCCGCGGUCGCGUUUAACGUUAUUGUUCUCUUUGUUAAUGAUUUCGUUUUUGUCAUUGUCAUCAACUCUAUUAUUGUGGUAGAAGAACGGAUGGAUAACAAAUAGGAUUUGGACCGUUCAAUUGAUUGGUUUUUGGUGUAAAGUGGCUUGGCUCUCUCCAUUA